CAAUCCACCAUGCUUCCACUUGUAGUCCUCCUGCUCCUGCUCACAGAAACCACAUCAGGGAGGACCGAGCCUGACACACAGAGCACGCGCGAUGGAGGAGGAGGAGGAUGCAUCACCAAGGAGAGGGAAGCCCUUCUGUCCAUCAAAGCCUGCAUCACGGCCGACCCAGAGCGCCUCCUCUCGACGUGGCGGGGGCAGGACUGCUGCCGGUGGGAGGGAGUCAGGUGCACCAACAUGACGACCAGCCAUGUCGUCAAGCUCGACCUCCACGCACGGUACAUCCGAUCUUCCCUGGAAGGCGAGAUAAGCUCGUCUCUAGAAGCCCUAGAGCAUCUGCAGCACCUGGACCUUAGCGGGAACUACGCUCUCACCGGGCCUGGAGGCAGCCUCCCCAGCUUCAUAGGGUCUCUUCAUGACCUACGGUACCUGAACCUCUCUCGCCUGAAUUUUUCCGGCACAGUGCCCCAUCAGUUUGGCAACCUCUCCAGGCUGCGAUAUCUCGAUCUCGAUCUGAGUUCUGAUGAUUUGCACUCAGAUGACCUCUCAUGGCUGCCACGGCUCUCUUUGCUCAAGUAUCUUGACAUGAGUUAUGUGGACCUCAGUGCGACCAUAGAUUGGGUUGAGACGGUGAACAUGCUGGCCUCUCUUGAGGUGCUCAGGCUAUCUUGGUGUUCGCUUAACAACACAGGCCACUUUGUAUCGCGCUCGAACCUCUCCCACCUCAAGAUCCUCGACAUCUCUUUCAACACCAUUGAAACAUCGUUCGACGCUAUUAGCUGGGUAUGGGACGCAACCAGGCUCGAAUAUCUCAACCUGGAGGACACUGGUAUACAUGGUGUGCUUCCAACUCGGUUGGCGAACUUGAGCUCACUUCAAGUCAUUCAGCUGAGUGGCAACCAUCUAAAGGGAAUGAUACCUGAUACACUGACCAGCCUUUGCAGCCUGAGAGUAUUUGAGCUGACACGCAAUGAUCUUGAAGGGGACAUAACGGAGUUCAUCGAGAGUUUCAACAGGCUUAUGGGAUCUCUGACCACUAGCAUAAGCACCCUUACGAACCUCGUUUACCUGAACCUAGGCUAUAACCAGAUGGAUGGGGUCAUCACUAAAGAUCACUUUUCCAAGCUUACAGGGUUGCAGGAGCUGCACUUAUCUGCAAAUUCCUAUACCAUCAACUCUGACUGGACCCCUCCUUUCAGAUUGCAGUCACUAGGAUUGGGAUCAUGCCGUUGUGGGCCAGGAUUUCCUCGGUGGCUCAAAUCACAGAAGAAUAUAUACUCUCUUUAUUUGUUCGAUGCUGGCAUAGCAGAUACUGUACCUGAUUGGUUUUGGACUGUAUUUGCAAAGGCUGAAGUUUUGGACCUCUCCAGCAAUAACAUCAGUGGCACAUUACCAGCUACACUUGGACAGAUGGACACAUUUUGGUUAGAUCUAAGCUCAAAUCAAUUCAAUGGUCUGGUACCACAGCUACCUCAGAACAUAGGGACUUUGGAUCUCUCAAGAAACUCCCUUUCAGGGCCUCUGCCAUUCAAUGUCAGAUCGCCAAUAAGUAUAGAAACCUUGAUUCUUUUUGACAACCAGUUCACAGGCACUAUCCCGACAUCGCUAUGCCAAAUGAAGUCCCUGACAGUGCUUGACAUUGGAAACAAUAUGAUAACAGGUCAGUUCCCUCGAUGUUCAGAAAAUGUGGCAGCAAGUUCAGGAAUGGACCCAUCUAACAUACCCUCACCGGAUAGUGAUUCAGGCUCUGGCAUGCCGCAGUCUAUGUCAAUUGAAACUCUGAGGCUCGACAACAACAGCCUCGCGGAUGAAUUCCCUUUAUUACUACAGAAUUGCCCAGAACUAACUUUUAUUGAUCUUGGGCAAAAUAAGUUGUUUGGAAGCAUACCAGCUUGGAUUGGACAGAAAUUACCACAGCUGAAAUAUCUGCGCCUCAGAUCUAACAUGUUCUCUGGCUAUAUACCUACCCAACUUAGAGGACUUGUUCAUCUCCAAUAUUUGGAUCUAGCACACAACGACUUCUCAGGCACUAUACCUCCGUCCCUGCUAAACAUGGAUGGCGUGACCAAAACCACAGAAAUAGCAACUGAAGAUACCUCGUCCAGCACUUCAAGCGGCGUGGCUGCAGUAGAUGACGGCCAAAAUCCGCAUGGAACUGUGUACCGUAUAAGUAAUAGCAUAUUUGCAGUCACAAAGGGGCAAGAGCGUGAAUAUAUUGGUUUUUUCAUAUACAUGGUGAGUCUUGAUUUGUCCUGCAACCAUUUCACUGGAGACAUCCCCAAGAGCAUAGGUCCUGCUUCGGGUUUAGUGAACAUGAAUCUGUCUUUAAACCAGUUGACCGGAAAAAUCCCCGAGAGCAUUGGUUUGAUGCGCUCACUGGAAUCACUUGACCUCUCCAACAACCAGCUCUCUGGUGAAAUCCCUCAAGGCCUAUCCGAUCUGACAUCGCUAAGCUAUCUGAACUUAUCGUACAACAACUUGUCAGGAAGGAUACCGUCUGGGCACCAGCUCGACACGCUCAGCCCUGACGACCCAGCAUCCAUGUACAUUGGCAACACUGGCCUCUGCGGGCCACCUCUUCCCAAGAGCUGCCCAGGAAAUCAUACAGCGGAAAAAAGGCACUUCACAACAAGCAAAGAAGGGUCCGAGACGAUGCCCUUCUGUUUCGGACUAAGCGUGGGUUUCGUGGUUGGCCUCUGGGUGGUGUUCUGCUCCCUUCUGUUCAAGAAACCAUGGAGGGACAUCUAUUUCCGGCUCUUGGACGAGCUGUACGAUAAGAUGUAUGUGCUUUUGGUUGUAAAUUGGGUGAGGAUGAUGGGGAAAGCGACCGCCACCUAUUAA